CACCCUUGGCCCUCUAGCGUCAUUGUUCAAAUUUUAAAUUCGACUAGAAGACCGACAAAUGUUCUCUGACUUUUAAACAAGGAACAUCGUUCCCGUUGACAAUUCCAGUCUCAGUAGACUUGCUCAUUGUAUUUUUUGCCAUAACUAACAAUGGAUACCAAACAACCGUUAAGGGACUUGCAAAUCGUGACCAAGCCUCUGACGACUGCCCCAUUAGCAAAAACGGAUGUCAAACUUGAGAAUGAAAGAUCAAAACCUAAGUGGACUUUGGAAAAUUUUGAAAUUGGCCGUCCCUUGGGUAAGGGCAAAUUUGGAAAUGUGUACCUAGCCAGGGAGAAAAAGUCUAAGUUUGUGGUAGCACUUAAAGUAUUAUUCAAGUCACAGCUUCAGAAGAGUCACCUAGAACACCAGCUUCGCAGAGAAAUUGAAAUCCAGUCACAUUUAAGGCAUCCAAACAUUUUGAGGAUGUAUGGUUACUUUUUUGAUGAAACCAGAGUCUACUUGAUUUUAGAGUAUGCAUCAAAAGGUGAAAUGUAUAAAUUCCUGAUGGCACAGCCUCUUCAGCGCUUUGAGGAACCUACGGUUGCAAAUUAUAUGGCUCAGUUAGCUGAUGCUUUGAUGUAUUGUCAUGCACGCAAGGUAAUUCAUCGGGAUAUUAAACCUGAGAACUUGCUGCUGGGAGCAAGCGGAGACGUCAAAAUUGCAGAUUUUGGAUGGUCUGUGCAUGCUCCAUCUUCACGACGCACUACAAUGUGUGGAACGCUUGACUACUUGGCCCCGGAAAUGGUUGAGGGUCGAUCUCAUGACGAAAGAGUAGAUUUGUGGACCUUGGGUAUUUUGUGCUAUGAAUUUCUAGUGGGUAAGCCACCUUUUGAGGAGGAGAAAACCGAACUUACUUACAAGAGAAUUUGCAGUGUUGAUUUGCGCUUUCCUGCACACGUGACGAAUGGCGCCCGUGACAUUAUCAGCAAAUUGCUUAAAUAUCAACCCGAGGAACGCCUAGAUUUAAAGAGCAUUGUUCAUCAUGAAUGGGUCCAACAGCAUUUGACGUCCGACGUAAAAUCAAAAUUGCCUUACUUCCAGUCCCACGACAAAAUUAAAACAGAAGUGUAAAUAUAUUGAUUGCAUUUUAAGCGGUUUUAUUCUUCCACUGUCCUGUCUCCGUGUGUAGAUGUCUUCUCUAUAGUUCCUGUUGUAUCAUAAUUUUAUCAAAUUUCUUAUCUGUACGAUUUUCGACAUAGGCAAAUAAAAUAGACGCCU